AUGCCCGUUAAUGGGCGUGGUUGGGUUCAAUCUAGCUCUUCUUCUGGAUUUGAGGAGACUUGGAAGCAACCUUCAGAGGGGUGGUGGAAAAUUAAUUUAGAUGGUGCAUCUAAAGGUAAUCCUAGACCUUCUGGAGUGCGAUUCAUUGUCCGAGAUUGGAAAGGGGAUGUGGUAGCUUUGGAUGCUCAAAAACUCAACCCAGGAACAAAUAAUAUUGUUGAAGCCUCAGUUGCUUUGAUUGCAAUUAGAUUUUGUAGGAAGAUUGGUGUUAUAAAAUUGCACUUGGAGGGGGAUUCCCUAAUCAUUAUCCAGACUAUAAUGAAGGGUACAAUUAAGGCAUGGCAUCUACAGAAUUCAAUCCUAAGUAUUGUGGAAGAGUUAAACAACUUUGAAGAUUUCCGGGUAAGUCAUAUUAGAAGGACGGGAAAUGUGGAGGCGGACAUUCUUUCUAAGUGGGCCUUAACCUUUAAUGAGAUAGGCGAAUUGAGAUUCGAGGACCUACGACACAUAAAUAUUGAGUUUUAA